AAUGCAACGUAUAGCAGUGGCAAAGAAACAAAUUGAGAAACACCACCGCACACAAAUUAAAGAGCAUUAUUAUGUAUCACAAUCAACCACCCAUAUCCCAUCCAUUUUCUCCCCAUGGUCAACGAUAACCGGCCUAAUCUACACUCCUUCCUCUUCCUACUCAUAACUCACAACCCCUCCUCUUUCGUGCUUCACAAAUUUUGAAAUAAUCCGAUGGCUAAAAAGUUAUAAAUACAAGUGCUCGAUCUCGUGCUUUUAAAAACACAAGAGUCUCUCUCUCUAUAUAUAUAUAGAGCACCUCAUUAGUACUCCUAGGUUUGUUGUUGUGCUGCCCCUACAACGGAUAUGAAGGAGGAAGAGGAGGAGGAACACGACCGGAAUGAUAUCACCGGGCUCUCGAAUUACGUCGAGACGGAGCUGAUGUUCGAAAAAGUCGUGACGCCGAGCGACGUUGGGAAGCUGAACCGGCUGGUGAUCCCGAAGCAGCACGCGGAGAAGCACUUUCCGCUGCAGCAGCAGCAGCGGCAGCAGCCCGGGCGGGUGGGAGAGGGGAAGGGGGUGGUUCUAAGCUUCGAGGAGGAGCGCACGGGGCGGCUGUGGCGGUUCCGGUACUCCUACUGGAGCAGCAGCCAGAGCUACGUCAUGACCAAAGGCUGGAGCCGCUUUGUCCGGGAGAAGCGGCUCCGCGCGGGCGAUGCCGUCUCCUUCGCCCACGCCGUCGGCGCCCGCGGCCGCCUCUUCAUUCGCUGGGCUACCCGCGCUGGGCCGCGGGGGCCGGCAGCAGUACUGCAAAGGGCUUCAUUCGUCCCAGCGUGGGAGUACUACUACAGAAAUCACCCUACGGGUGGGCAAGGUGGCCCCACGAAGCGACUAAGGCUUUUCGGAGUAAAUCUCGAGUGCCCUAAUUCGGAGUGUGCCGACACCGAUGAACCCAGCUAUAUUAUUCCUCUAUUGCUAUAAAGACUGCUACUGCGCUCGCAAUUUAUGACAACUAUGCUCCCCUUUCUCCGCGCUGACCCCCCGGGCAAUGAAGUCACUUGAGGUGAUUGGAAAGGAAUAGUAUAAAUGGUUUUUUUUCUUCAGUUUUUUAAACUUACGUUCAAGUUGAUGUCCAAUUCCAAUAGUACAAAUUUUCACAGAUAUAUUAGGUUCGUUCUACGCGCUACAUAUGAUGACAAAAUUUUCACCUGCCAAAGUUGUAUUGUU